UCGACUGGGUAGUUGAUGAGAGCGAGAAGUUGUCCAGAAGAAAGGAAUGGGAAGCGUCAGGGAAGAAUGCUCUGAAAGUCAAGAGAGGUGUAUUGUAUCGCUAUGCAAGAGAUGUGGCUCCCGCCAGCGAGGGUGCAUAUUGCGACUGAUGCGGACUCUACUGAAUGUACGGAGUUCGUAGUAGUGUAGGAUUAGUUUUGGAAGCAGGGUCGACUUCUCACAUGCCAAAUACGUGAAAAAACUACGACCUCAUCCAUGUCGCUGCACACAACGACCACGGGGUCAUUUGCAUUGACCAAGUAUUCGCGUUCAUACGGCGGAAGCGCUGGUCACAACCAACUCGUUUCAGAGAACGGAUGGCAGCACUUCACCAAUCCCGUCAUGAAACUACUCUUGGACGUUAAGAAAUCUCCCUCCAGUGGAGAGCUCCUCUCGCUGCGACUUCGAAUACUUUGGUGUAUCGAAAUGCAAGCCAGCGACAUGCAAGUCGAUCAGAGGGAGGUCAUCUUCGAAGACUUGGAAUUGCUGUCGUUCUCGUCGUUGCCCGCAUUUCGAACACCCAAUAGUUCGGACCAGGGACUUCCCCUCCGGGCAGUGUAUCGCGACGCUGUCGUUGGCAUUCGCUACCUCCAUCCAAAAACGGCUCCACCUGGCACUCAGCCGGUUUACCGUCGCUUCCAAGUCACAUUUGGCAGCAUUUUGGAAGCUUCUCAGUUUAUCGACACGAUAAAACCAAUCUGUCCAUGUAAACCAAAUCCGCAGCCCACCCAGAUUUACCGCGAUCCGACCAUGGUUACAGGAGCUAGUUUGGGGCGAACUUCAACCAUUUCAAAUGCCAUGCCGCCUGAACGACCAGUUCCGCCAAACGAACCAGGAUUUAGGCUUACAGGUAACUACCGAAGUAUGGCGGGUAUUCGGAUGUCACCAUCCAGGCCCAGUGGUCGGUGGAGUUCUGGUGUCUCAUCAGCUACCCUUUCAUCAGAAGAUAGUGGCUUCGUUGACGGCCCCAAAGUUACCUACCUGCCUGACAAUCAACGAAAAGAUUCAGGCGCUGUCAGUUCGAGUAUUCCAUCCCUUCCUAGCUCUUCGCAGCCAUAUUCCUCAAGCCACAAUGGUAACAUGAUACCUCCGCUUUUUGUUCCACGUAACCUGUCCCGCUCUACCGAAGUGCCUAUGCCUAGUUCUGCCGCUACAGAGUCUAUGGAACCUGAACGGCCGGACUUGGUUUCGUCCUUGCGCACUCAUCCGUCCCUCUACAGCCUCUCGCAACCAGACUUAGAACACCUUGUAAGUCAGGUCGUGAGAGAGGAAGGCUUUGUACGUUUGCUUGAUAGUCUGGACGCUUUGUGGGGAACGAAGGGAUUCCUGGCCCGCUAGUUGAAGACAUGGGUAUCUGUGGAGUCUUUGUACUCAGCAUUCAUACAAUUC